CAACAUCCGUCAUGGCUGCUACCGUACUGAGAGUCAUUUCUUCUGCCAUAAGCAUCUUCAAUUUUGGCGAAGAUCUUUUCGAAGCCGCGGACAACUCUGUCUCUUGCAACCUUAACGUUUAUGCUGGCAUCGUUGGAUCCCCAUAUGUGCCUCCAGGCCAGAAUGAAAACGGACCCUACAAGUACAACGGCAACGACGGAGACCCCAACCCCGCCAUGAAUCUUGAUGGAGACGCCCCCGACGUGCGUGUCUGGAACGAUGCANGUCACUUUUUAGGUAUCAACGCGGAUCCUGGAUACAUCGGGCCUGGCAAUUUCAAGGAUAUCAAGGUCAAUCAGGGAAGUGACAAUUCUGGAGCAGCCUAUGCACUCAUGACUGUCAACAACAAUGCUAUCUGUCUUGCUUACACCAUGAUGACGUGGGCGGAUAAUCAGAAGUACGGUUGGACAGGUGGCUGGGGUCGUCAGUGUGGUGACGGCAACCUGCCAGUCACAGCCAUCCAAGUCCACCUUACUCGUUUCAACGACAAAGGGCAAUAUCAAGCCAGCCGCGACAUCAACUCGUACUGCAACACAGGUUCACUUAGAUUCCAGUACGACAACGACCCGAAC